CGAAGCUACUCACCCACUGUCAGAUGAGUUCUCGGUCAAGGUAGAAGUGUCGUAAUUUCACAACAUUAGAUUCCCAUCUAAGUUUUUUCGAAACCCCAGUAGUAUUCACCGUCCAGUUUGCUCGUCACACCAGAGACACAUCCGGAAUUCGAGAGAAUCAACUCCACUUAAAUUGUGUGUAUUUGAAUGUGCACUUGCUUGCGUUGGAAGUGGAGAGAUGCAUAGCAAGAAUUUCAGAGCAUUUGAAGAGACAAUUCCUUGUUAGACUCCGCGGAAGUUGUAGUGCUGUGUAGAAUAAUUUGCAAGAGUUGGAAGGAUACGUGCUCCAAGUUUGACGACGUAGUGAACUUCAACGGCCUUUGAAGAAUACAAGGAGGGCUUUUAAGUGCUUCUUUCGUGGAGUGAAAUUCCUCACAGCUUGAAGAAUUGUACAGUUGGGAAGCAUGAGAAAAGCCAUAAAAUAGCAAUAAGCUUAGUUUCCCAAGAUAGGAAUCGAAUCAAGAGGAUCCAUUUCGAUAUGCAGUUCGAUGCGACACCUUCGUCGAUCGUGCAACUGAUUUACUCUGUGGCGCGGUGACAAUGAGGUAACUUCUCAAAUUCUUCGUAUACGACACUGUUUCUCGAACCACACACUUUAAUAGAUCAAAUUAAUGAAAUUGAUUCGAUCGUAAGAGCAGACGUGAUUCUUCAUGGGGACCCUGUGAAUGAGUCACUCAAACUUGGAGCCUAAUCCACUGGCAAACUUGAAGGUCCGGGCAGGGCAGUGUACCCUGGCCUCUAAUCCCUCGCUGCGUAAGUAUUUUGCAUUGACUCUAGCCAAAUUACAUGUGUUCAUAAUAGUUAAGCCAAUUCGGUACAGCAGUAGUUGAAGGGAUGGGUAAAGCCAGUCGCUGUUUGAAUGGGGAAAGAGCAAACGUGGAUGGGAAACGGGAGAUGAAAGACUUUCAAUGUAAGCCCUCUAAAUGCAAAGUGAGAACCACACAAAUAAUAGAGAGAGUCGUGAGAUUCUUUGCUUUACUUUCGUUGCUCGCCCCGUCGGAUUGCACGCAAAUUUUACGAGGUUACAGAGAAGGCAGGAAUCUAUCUGCUCAAGCGAGUCAAUUGAGACAACUUAAGCAAGCCCCGGAUCCCGUAAACACCUACAAUAUUGAGCUGGUAUGCUCAGCCACAAGGUACCCAGCAUCAUGCCUUUCGGCUUUGCUACUCGAUGCACGAUCAGUGAAUGCGCCCCCGCGGCGAUUGGUGGAAAUAUUGACCGCCAUUUCAAUGGAGCAUUCUCUGGCUGCACUUCUAGACGGGCAGACAUUAGCCACUCUUGUACCCACAGCCAACAACGUAAAUCUCACCGCUGUGUCAGCGCAGUGCAUGGAAUUGCUUGACCUCGCAGCCUACCACAUGCAAAACUCUGAGGCAGCAUUCCCCGCAAGGUUGUUUCAGGACAUUCUAGCAUGGCUUAGUGGAGCUUUGCAACAAACCAAUGACUGCUACUAUGCUCUCACACCAUUCCGAUCAUCUACAUCAUCGCUUGCAUUCGUAACCGAGAUGACGGAUCGCUUGAAUACAACUGUGGAGCUCAUCAGCAAUUCAUUGGCGCUCACCGGUUCUAUGGUAUCCUAUGGAUCUGAUGCGACAGGGUGGAAAUCGCCCCCAGAAUCUAGAGUCGAUCAACUGCUCGAACUAAAUGAGACUUCAAACACCGACAUAUCUCCAGGGUGGAUGGGGGUAGCAGACCGAGCUUUUCUUCACGCCCCAUCUCCGCAGGCUGCUCUUGACCUUGGGGAACUGGUUGUGACGGUGGCGCUGGAUUCCAUUUCACCCAGUAUCCAAGCUGCCGUGAAUGACGCGCCUUCUUGGUGCCCCACAAGGUACGUAAUCUAUAUCAAAGCAGGCGUUUACAAUGAGAUCGUGCGCGUACCGAAGGAUAAGAUCAACCUCAUGUUCGUCGGGGAUGGAAGCAAUGCCACCAUCAUAACGGGAAAUCUGCAUGUCCAGACACCCGGAAUCACCACAUGGCUGUCGGCUACCGUUGCCGUAACUGGGGCUGGAUUUAUUGCACGAGGGAUCUCCUUCGAGAACACUGCCGGGCCAGAACAACAUCAAGCAGUGGCAUUGAGAGUGGAGAGUGACAAAUCUGCGUUCCAAGAUUGCGCUAUCCUGGGCCAUCAAGAUUCUUUAUACACCCAUUCAUUGCGGCAGUUUUUCAAAGACUGCACCGUGGCUGGUACGGUGGAUUUCAUUUUCGGAAACUCCGCAGCCAUGUUUCAAACAUGCAACAUCGUUGUCCGCGUCGGUCAAAUGAAUGGGUCUAGCACUCGCCUGCUGACCGCACAGGGAAGGAUUGACCCUGGCCAGAAAACAUCACUGGUAUUUCAGAAUUGUUCCGUUUAUGGGACUCCAGAAUACAACGCCCUACAACGAGCACAACCUACGCAGCACCGUGUGUACUUAGGACGGCCAUGGAAGCAGUACUCGCGCACUGUCUUCAUCUAUACAUACAUGUCUGAGAUUGUGCAGCCACAGGGGUGGUCACCAUGGAAGGGGCAGUUUGCACUUGACACACUCAUGGACGCGGAGUAUGGCAGCUAUGGGCCUGGGGCUGCCAAUGUGAGUCAAAGAAUAGCGUGGUCGACUCAGUUGUCGUUUCAGCAAGCGCAAAGAUUCUCAGCUCAAAGGCUUGUACAAGCUGAUUCCUGGCUGCCGGCGGCUGCGAUAACGUAUUUGCCCCUAGUCUGACCAUCCAGCAGCAGCCAGAUCGAGUUAAGAAACGGAUUCCAUGCAGUACCCUUCUAUACCUGUUAAUACCAUGCUCAUGAUUGCUAGAAAUUGCAGCCUACAUGGUGGUGGUGAGGUUUUACAAAAAUCCCACCAUUUUUUAGGUUAGUAUGGUUCAAUUACAAGCUGUUUACUAACUACGCUAAUGAAUUAUUUAUAUUCACCAAGACAACGUUGCUUGGGGGGUCCAAGCAUCGUUGUAGAACCAAAAAUAGCUUGGCAUCCUGGCACCCCAUCCUUCCACCGAUCCAUGAAUCCAGUUAUGCAGCACAUAAACCCCUCUGCUCAAUGCUGGUUCCAUCACAAUCUCAUGCUACCGGUAACCGUCCACAACUCCAUUUGCGAAGGUCCAUCAGUUCAAGAAGCUGGUCUUCAGUCCACUCGAGCCUGCGUUGUAGCGACCAGCGUCAAAAAAAUGUUGCAGGCCACGGCAGCGUUUUGUUCUCAUUUCCCACUCUAGGACGAGACAUUGAAGUCUUGGCAGAAAACCUUAGAACUAGUUCUCCUACUUUAAUCCAUGCGGAAAACAUCUGGUUCCACUCGCCUCCAUCUUCCACUUCAACUGAUACAACUCCUAAACGAGUCACCUCUAAUUUGAUAGUGGAAUCCUUCUGAAUCCUAAUAUUCAUCCAAGAGAAACCCUUGCCAAAUCAACUCCACAGCAAUGGCCGAUAUUGUGGGCGCAGUAGCUUCCAUCAUCAAGGCCAAUUCCAAUUGCUUGCCGAAUGUGCUAAAAUAUUAUGUAUAUGCACAUAUUCAUCAAAAGUUAAUAGUAGAGCAAUGACCAGAAGCAUUCAUGCACA